AAGAAGACUGGGAAAGCGCCUCUAACCGGCACUGAGUGGGGGAAUCCGAGGGAGCGCGAGGGUCCGCUGUGGGGGAUGCUGGUUGCUUGCCCACAUCUAGGAAGAUGAAUGGCUGGAUUUCAAGCACCAUCUGCUUCUUAUUGCUAUUGAGUAGUGUUUGUACCCAGAAGAGCCAAGAUCUCCGCUGUGGAGUAUGCCGGGCUCUAGUGGAUGAGCUGGAAUGGGAAAUAUCUCGAAUAGAUCCGAAAAAAACUAUCCAAGUAGGCUCCUUCCGCAUUAAUCCUGAUGGAAGCCAGUCCAUAGUAGAGGUGCCCUAUGCCAGAUCUGAGGCUCACCUGACGGAGCUGUUGGAGAACAUCUGUGAAAACAUGAAUAACUAUGGUGAAAAGAUCGAUCCUUCAACUCACAGGAAGAAUUAUGUCAGAGUGGUCUCCUUUGAUGGGACCAAGAUGGAUCUUUCUGAAACCAAAUUUGAUGGUGAUGUGACAUCAAGCCUGAAGUUUGCAUGUGAGAAAAUAGCUGAAGAGUACGAAGACGAGCUCAUAGAAUUCUUUUCCCAUGAGGCAGAAAAUGUCAAGGACCGGCUAUGCAGCAAACGAACAGAUCUCUGUGACCACGCCUUACAUCUCUCGCAUGAUGAACUGUGAAGUGUAAAGGCUGACUGACCUGGUAGAAGACUUUGCCUAAUUCUUUGUAGACUACAUCCCUUUUUACAAGCACCUAUAAUUAUUGUCCCAGGAGUUGUCUUUCAAUUUGGGGGAAAGUGCAGAACACCCUAGAAACUUAAGACUGUGUAUCAGAGGAGGGGGGGGGGGAAUUCCAAGGCAAGCUUCUUGAUAUAAUUUUACGAAGCAAACACAAGAUGACAGAUCCAACAUUUGACUUUUAAGCACACACACUAAGUAGAUUGUUUUAUAAAAGGAAAGAGAUUUCUAUCAUUAUCAAAGUCCACUUUGCAGUAGCAUUGACAUUGUUAGUGUGUUCUAAUUUUUAAAGAAAAAGAUGCUUUGUGGUUGUAUGCAAACUGAGUUGCAGAUCGUCUCAAGCAACCAGCAAUACAACUUCCACAUUCACUUCCAAAAUAGAAUUUGAGCAGAAGAAUCUUACAAAUGUUAUUCUCACUUUUGAACCCAACUUAUUUAAAGACCUGGGGCAGGACAAUCAUUUGUAAAAACUUUCUCUGAAUUGGAAAGAUAAAUAGAACCUAUAGAGAUGCCCUCAUUAUAAAGCCAAAGAAGGGACCAUUGUAUAGCACCUUCCCAGUCUCCAACACAACUGUGAACUAUGGUUGCAAUGGCCAUAUGGAGGCCACAUGACAUUGUUAUUGUGCAGGGAUUGUUCCAUAUUGUAGAUGGAGUAUUUGUAGAACAUACAUACCCAGUUGGUUAUUACAUGGUUCAAUGUUUUUGUGUGAAGAGCCAACUGACCUCAGAAAAUGGCCUCUAGGAAUGAUUGGCCGUAUUACAGAGAUUCUGCAUAAAACAUUCAGAUCAGAUAGCAAGCCAGUCUAUAUUGCCUGUAUGUGGAGUGAUAACCAUACAACAGUCUUUUUAUUGUCUUUUAAAUUAUUACAUAAAAUGGCUGCUCCCUUGCUGUGAGAUGUGAGCGAUAUUCAGGAAUGUGCUGAUUUGGGGCAUCAGACACUUGGAGAAUGGGGAAGAUGUGUUUCUUUUAAUCUAUGUUUUCAUAAGAGGAUAAAAUACAUUCCAUGGUGGCUAGAUAAUAAAUUGGAAUUGGGUCCUACUCAAAUUGGCUAAUGGAUUUUCCCCCAUUUUUAAUUGAAAAGAAUAUGUAUUAGAGCAUUAUAGAGCAUAUUGACUUUACUGCUAUAAUAGCAAUCUUAGAUUUUUUUUUCCAACUGGGAGUUCAGUCGCUUGCAUCAUCAAACAUGUAGCCUACCAGAUUUAUUCAAAUAACGUCCAGAACCAUGCUGGAUUCAUACGUCAUGUUAAGCCAAAAUCACACAAUUCAUUACAAGCCUUUGAUUUGCUUCCAUUAUAUCCUUCAACUUUUACUACCUACUGUAUGUAAUAUGAAAUACUACUGGCCUGUCUUC